AUGGAGCGGAUCGGCCUCGUAGCCCAGGCCCACAAAGACGAGAAACUCGCCCACCUUUGUUCGCGUGAGGCGUCCUUACGCCAGACUAUCCUCUUCAGCGAGAGUGGCGUGCGGAAUGGCCUCCUCGCGGCGCAUCUCGAGUUUCUUCGGGAGAUUCAGUAUGGCGAGCUCGCUGUACGACAGCUGUGGAACGCCUUUUGCCAGUCUCGUGAAGUCUUGGAGAAAGAAUGGGCCAUAGGGAUGGAGAUGAUCCUCGACGUGGCAUCGUCCUGUAGGCGGUGUUUUAUUGAAUUCCUCGGGCAACGCACGGCGAUGCUGGACUCGGCAAUGAAGACACUUGGUGAUAUCGUCGAAGAGGAGAGGGAUGCAAGGCACCGCAUCCAGGACGAAAUGACUGAAGAAAGCCACUGCAUCGACGAGCGCACGCGGCUCUUUUUAUGGCAGCGAAGCGGGCUCGAGAAAAUGGAGCUGUCGGUUCGCCAGAGUAUCGUCGAAGAAAUGAAGAGUUGGCUUCAGCAGCUACAUGUUGAGUGCUCGCGGGCCAGGUGGGAAGUAGAGGAAGCAAUCCAACGCCUGAAGGAAGAGCGUGAACGCGCGCUGCAGAACGCACUAGAGGCCCUAAACGCCAUUGCCCAAGAGGAGUCGGACGCGUUCGCGAACCUUCUAGAGCGUAAAACCCGCGAACACGAGAAGCUACUUUUAUGGCUCGAAGAAAAAGAGCGCUCUCAAGCUAACCUUGCCCAACGCUUUCUUGCCGGAAGGGAAUACAUCCUAAAUGAAGAAACGAGAGCUCGACAAGAUCUUAUGCGGGAUCUCGAGAAGGGUGAAAUGAACAUCCUAGAAUGGGUUGCCCUGCAGCAACGCCGCCAGCAGGAGCUAUGGGCGGAGGCGGAAGGGGAGAAGGUCGAACUCAGUAAGCGGGAACACGAGCGGCGUCUUCACCUGAUGUUUCGCAUGGCCGGUGAGGAGGAGUCCAUUCACCGCCUGCUGCGCUUCCAGCACCUGGUGCUUCAGAAGCAACUUCACGAGGAAGCAACCGAGCGGCGUCUUCUGGUCCAGCAGGAGUCCGUCGACUUCGACCUGCUGGCAUGGCUUUUCGCGACGGAGCGGGAGGCCCACACCGCCCGGGGGCAGGCGCAGCUCGCGCAGCGGGCUGCCCUGGAGGAGGGCUGCCAGUCCUCGAAGGCCCGCAUCGCCGAGGCCGAGGCGGAGGAGCGGCGGCGGCUGUGGGAGGCGGCGGGGUCGGCCGCCCUGCGGCACGUGGAGUCCGAGGCGCGGGAGGGCCUCGCCCGGCAGGAGGGGGAGGGCCGCGAGGCGCUGACCGCCCACAUCGUCCACACACGGAAACAGCACAACCGCGAGGUGGGGCCGAGCCUGGCCGCGCAGCGGGCGGCCCUGGAGACGACGGAAAGGGAAGCCCGACUCGGUGUGCGGCAGGAGGCGGAGAAAGGAUACGAGGCGAUGUACCGCUCGGAGCGUCAGGCACAGCUGGAACUCGUGUUGGAGGCGGAGAGGCAAGUCCAUGAAAGGCUGUACGCGUUCCAGGCGUGUCAGUGUGAAGAUGCGCGGUCCUACGACGAACAGGAGCUGCUUCCCGAGCUCGUGGCGGACGAAAGCGCCAAUCUGACCCCGGUGGUCUUCAACACCGACACCGGAUACGCGUGCGAUAUGAAGCUUGCAUUCAUGCUCCGUGUGCUAGGGAACCCCGCCAUCGCCCGAUCGUCCCUUUCUAAGGAAAGCGUGGAUUCCGCCAUACAAGCCAUUGACAUCGUCAAUGGCCAACGUUCUAGGCUACAAGACGAGCUCAAGUGCGCAGAGAAAAGCGCACAAAAUGCGGCAAAGCGCCUCUCCCAGGCAGAAGCCACACUGACUGAAAUGAAAGAGAAGAAGGAGACUUACAUGGCGAAGCAAAGCAAGGACGCACAAACCCACGAGCGCAGGCUGGCGAUGGACAAGUUGGAAAGAGAUCGCGGUGAAGAAGAUAUUGCGGGCAAUCGUCAGCUGCUGGAGGAAGCACUUUCAAAACUAGAAAGCAAAAAAAAAACCUUAGAAUUACUCAGGACUUCCAUCAACAAACAGUAUGGUCGGUAG